AUGCCUACGACUGAUAAAUUCACGCCGUCGCGUAAAAUACGGACAUAUGGCAAACAGGUGCGCAACCACGGUUUUGGCGUUUUAGGGCGAGCCGCCGGCGACACAGAUAGACAUCCAGGAAAGACAAACGAUGUCUUGUUGUCGAAGAAGGAGGAAGCUCCCGAGGCUGGGAAAAAGGACACCCGGGGUACGGGAGCUUUGACGCCCGUUGGCAAGGCUGUAUCGCGUACGCCCAAGGCAAAAGAGGAAGUUGAUAUUUUCGACGUCCAACUGUCCGAUGAGGACCGCCAAACCCGGGCUCAGCCAUGGCUAAAGAGGAGAAAAUUGAACACACCGAAGGCUGGAUGGCGGUCAGAGGGAGUCGAGAAGGUAGUACCAAAGAGCACCCCACCACAGAACCAGGCUGUGUCAGAUGCUGUAGGUGGCCGCGAUGGCAAGGAUGCGACAUCCCUCGUUAGGGAUGGAAAGAAAGAUACCGAAAUGGAAGUGGCUGUCCGUUCACCGAUCAAGGCAAGGCGAAAUUCCAAUGCUCGGAGCUCGAAACAGGUAGCAGACCGGCCUCCUUCUCGACCAAUGACGCAAAGCGGCGUCAAUACAUUGCUAAACGGACGUCCUACGGCUGCAGAUUUGCGAGAGCUUCCGGUACGGGAGCGCAGUCUUCGCACACCGCAGAAGGGAGUACCUCAGUUAAUGAAGUCUUUCUCAACGGGUACAGACCGGAUGAGGCAUGUGGAUGGACGUUUCAAUAUUGGAAGCGCAGGGCGCGGGCAGAAGCAUAACGGACUGCCAAAUAGAAUCACAUCUACAGCAGAACGAAAACGGCUAGUGGAUGCGUUAGGGAGCAGAGAGAAGACAGACUCUCCUAGCGAUUCAUCGGGAGACGAAGCUCCGAGCAGGGACCGGAAUUCGCGUGCUAGUUCACAUGCUCCAACGCCAUCAAUCGAUCAACGGACUUCCGCUGAUACAAUGGCAACAGAGAGCGUGGGAGGAACUCACCCAAGGCGCCAGAAACAGAUCAACCUCCACCAGGCAACACCAAGUGGGCUUAAGGUAACAUAUUCCAGACAACGAUCCUUCUUGAACGAAAUGGAUACGAUAGAGGAAGUAGGUGGUAACUCGGCUGCUCCGGGUUUCCCGCCUCCUCCUGCAUCCAUGACAAGCAAGUUGGGUGGUGAUACAAGUUUUCCUCCCUUGGGCCUAUCAAGCCAAAUAUCCGGUCUUCCUGCUGGUCUGGAGGAAGAAACGGCCAGCGGGUCAAGCACAAUCCGGAGUAUUCACGAACUCCGGCGCUCCGGAGAUAACGCAAGGUAUCAUGCUAUCAUCGAGACUAUUUUUGAAGAUAUCGAGGACAAGACUGCCCCCAUAUCGAGAAAACGCAGUGGAAUGGUCCAGUUAUGCACGAAACUUUUUGAUCCUCAGUUUUCGCAACGGUUCCUAAGCAAUGCUUUAGAGAAGCGGUUUGCAAAGAUAAACCCAGGAGAAUUUGAUCUUGUCUGCGGAUAUCUCACAUCUUGCAUCUACGCGCUGUUAUUAAGCUCCGGCUCUAUAUCCCCGAUGACAUUACAUUACUGUUGGAUGCAGAUCCUAAGGGUUGCCCCGUUCUUACUUGGGGAAGAUAAAAGCAUGAUAGAAAUUACCAAGCGGCGAGAGUUGAAGAUGACCAAGGCCGGCAAAGCGGAUAUCCAGGAUAUCUGUGAGAAAAUAACAGAAAGCAAAAUCUGGACGAGCCAGAUUCCAUCAACCGUGACACCUCAGCUCCUAACUCUUCGUUGUCUUGAGCUGGCGAUCCGAAAACUUCGAGAAACUGGAAACGCGAUGGAAACCAUGUCCGUCCCUGUUUUGCGUCAAGUGAUAGAUAUCCUUCUCAAACAUUCCUUGGUAGACGAUAUUGAUAAAGCCGGACCAGACGAACUUCUUAUGCUUGAACUUACACUCUCUAUUCUAGAGUCUUACACUAUACACACAUUAUCAUUAGAGGAGGAGCAACAGGAAGCGUUGAAGCCACUCUCGAAACUAGGCUUGCUUCUAUCAAACCUGGGCCGCCAGCCAGAUGCUCGCAGCAGACAGAUCCAGAUUCUUGAGAUCCGUCUGAUACUAAACAUUACCAAUAAUAAUCCUACACUGUGUGAGGAAUUUUCUACGCCUGAGUUCAUCGAAGCUCUAGCGCAGAUCGUGCUUUCCAGCUUCCAGUCUGUUGGAGACGAGUUUACAGGGUCACAGAAGGAAUCGCUACUGGAUACGGUGAUUCUAGCACUUGGAGCCUUGAUUAACCUUGCCGAAUGGAGUAGCGCUUCCAGGCAAGUCUUGUUGGAAUCAGAAGUCGCCUCUACCACGUUGAUCGACCGGCUAUUACCGCUGUUCGUUGAUGGGCUAGAAGCCAUUGCUGAGGCCGAUUCCGUUGUCCAAACACACUCCAACGUUGCGUUCGGAUAUCUAUCUGUCCUCCUCUGCACCGCCUGCCUCGAUGACGAUGCACGAUCUUACUUACGAACAAAACUACAAGCUCGAACCUUUGAACGUCUCCUAGGCACGGUGGAGGAGUUCCUUCACUAUCAUCGAAAAGUCGAGGACGAGCUGCAUGACGCACGAGGGGAUGGCGAGGAUGCCAUGUCGGGCUUCACCUCUCGCCUGCAAGGGAUCGUCGACCGUAUACGUGACGCCGAGAGGCCUUGA